AUGUGCAAAGGUGGCCAUGGAGACUUCUAUCUGAGGACCCUGUUGGCCAGGGCGCUUUAUGACAACCACCCUGAUUGCUCCGACGAGCUGGCUUUCUCCAGAGGGGACAUCCUGACCAUUGUGGAUCAAAAUGUGCCAGAAAGCGAGGGCUGGUGGAAGUGUCUGCUUCAUGGGAGGCAAGGCCUGGCUCCCGCCAACCGCCUCCAAGUCCUCAAAGAGAUCCCUGGAGACAGACCCUGUCCUCUGCUCCUGAGAAGCCUGGACACAGAUCUCACCAGCUCAGAGGCGUCUUACCCAGUGCCUAACUUGUCCUGCCCCCAGCCCCCGGGUCCUGUGUAUGAGCCGAUGAAGAGUUGGGUGGAGGGCCUGCCACAGCCGGCUACUGCCCAACUCUAUGAAUUGCCUGACUCACCUUCCAGUGCCAGGAUCAUCUGUGAAAAGACUCCGAGCUUCCCCAAACAGACCCUUAUUGUGCUUCCCAGACCCACAAGGGCAUCGUUGCCGACUCUUCCUUCCCAGGUAUAUGAUGUGCCUGUCCAGAGGCCAGUGUUCUCAACCCUGAAGCCAGAGAAGCGGCAGCUCUAUGACAUACCUACCAGCUCCCAGAAGGCAGUACUCCACUCCUCCACCAACCAGGCAAGUGGACAGGGUGUUAUGUUGGCACCAACAAUUGCCUUCAGACAAGGCUCUGGCUACAACCCCUUAUCCAGCACUCAGAAACCAGAAUGGAUUCAUGAUGCUUCAGUGUUGCUGGGGAAGGCAGAUAUCAGAAAUGUACCUCUGACUAGCUUCACCAAAGAAUCGGGGUCCAGUGCCAUUCCAGGCUCCCCUGUUGUCCACACUGAAGCUGUGACUCUCCCCCCACAGAUGGGGAACACUGUGCAGAAGAAAGACAGCCUUCCAGAAGAGCCUUCCUAUGCCUUCCCAACACCUAGGGACACCCUUCCUUCCGCUACAGGGAGCAGCUACAAGGUCCCACCCAGGUUUCUCAUUCCCAGAGUGGAGCAACAGAACACGAAGCCUAAUAUUUAUGACACCCCUAAAUCCAUGCAGGGUGUGUCCCAUGACACCCCUAAAGCCAUGCAGGAUGUGUCUCGGGCUGGAAAGGAGCUGGAGAAAGGCAGAGAGGCUCUAGAGAAUUCCUGGAUCUCCAGACAGACGAAUUCUCUGUUUCCCGAUUCAGACAGGCUAUCUGUGGCCAGCUCAGACAGCAGAGCUAGUGUGGUGUCUUCAUGCUCCUCUAUAUCCACAGACUCCUCCCCGGGCUCCUCCUCAGAGGACUCGGUGAAGGAGCUGUGGAUGGACAGGGACUUUGCCAGAGAGACAGCAAUGGCCCUGCAGCACAAAGUAGACAGCUCAACAGCGGGCCUGCUGCUCUUUGUAAGCAGCACUUGGAGAUUCCGAGACUCCUUGGAGACCAACAUCAAGACAAUCCGAAGGGCCGCUGACCACGUCGAAGAAUCCUUAAGAGAGUUUCUGGAUUUUGCCCAAGGUGUUGGUGGGAUGGCCUGCAAUCUCACCGAUAGCCACCUUCAGGCUAGAAUUAGAGAUCAGCUCCAGACAAUCUCCGGCUCCUACCAGACUCUCCUGGAUGCCAAAGGAAGUCUGGACCGCUGCAACUGGUCCCUCGAAGUUCUUGUGACGGACAAAGUCCACAACAGCCUGGACGACCUGGAGAGGUUUGUCAUGGUGGCACGGCUUGUUCCAGAAGAUGUCAAGAGAUUUACGUCCAUUGUCAUUGCCAAUGGGAAGCUCCUUUUCAAACAGAACUGUGAGAGAGGAGAGGUGGAGUCCAAGUGUGAAAAAUGCACCCAGCGUCCCCAAAAAGAGACUGAGACCUGCCAAAAGAGCAGUCCCUUCAACAAACUGGCAACCGAACACUCCCUUGACCUGGCAAAGAAGAGCAGAGUGAAUGUCUGUGGACGGAAGUCACCUCACCUGCAAGAGAAAGGACGGCCCAUCCUGGAAGGAAGGUCAAACGGAAACCAAGAUUUUGGUGGCACGAGUUCUACGUCUCUUGGCUCUCUCCCUCCCAGUCGGCAGAACCCGGAGAGGAAGAUCCACCUGUCCGAGCACUGCAGGCUCUAUUUCGGCGCACUCUUCAGAGCCAUCGGUGUCUUGGCCAGCAGCCUCAGCAACAGCCAGCCCCCUGAGGUCUUCAUUACUCAGAGCAAGCUGGUCAUCACCGUCGGGCAGAAGCUGGUGGACACGCUGUGCAAUGAGACCCAGGAGAAGGAUGAGCGCAAUGAGAUCCUGCAUGGCAGCAGUCACCUGUGUGGGCUGCUCAAGGACCUGGCGCUGGCCACCAAGAAUGCGGUGAUCAAGUACCCUAGCCCCAGCGCCCUGUACCGCCUCCAGACAGAGGUGGAGAAACUAGAGCACCACUCUCGGAAAUUCAGAGACACAUUGGAAUGA